GUUAAACUCAAUUCUCUAUAUAAUUUAUAUUCAUUCUCAAAUUUUGUUACUUUUACAGUCAAUAUAGUUGAUAAAGAAGUUUUUACUAAUUUAACUGAUGCCCUUAUUGUUGAACUCAUUCCACAAAUUGGAUUAAGAUAUAAAUUCUUAAAAGAAUAUAACAAUUUUAUGUCGAAAUAUAAUAAAUCGUGUUUUAUUAUUAAUAACGAAAGUAUUCAUAUAAUUGAAAACAAUAAUAAUGUAAAUCAUGAUGAUAGUUUAGAAGAGUCAAAUCUUUUGCUUGAAUCAACUAUCAGCGGUCUUAAUGAAGUUUUUAUUUCAAAUCUCAAUUCUAUUUCUAAUGAAAAAACAAUCUCUCCAAUUCCAAAAAAAAAAACUGCACCAACUUCAAAUCUUCCAACAUCGAAAAUUCCUAUUAUGCCUCUGUCUUCAACAUCAUCCAGAAACUCUCAAAAUGAAAUUAAACCUAUAUUAAAAUGUUUUCGUGGAAGGCUUAUUCUAGCAGAAUUUAAUCUUAAGAACACAAUAAACCGACGGUUACUCACUAGUGUAAUCAUUGAAUCAGAAUUAGAAAACAGUAAAAAAUUCAAGAUUACAGCUGAGAGAUUUAAAAAGUUGACAAAAGAUCUAGUAGAAUUAUUUCCUGAUGAAGAAGAAGACUUAUAUUAUACACCCUGGACAAAAGGCACAAAUGGUCCUAUUGGUGCUAGAGGACUUCUGUAUGAUAAAUAUAUCAAUCUGAGAAGAACUUUAUUUGAAUUAGAAAUCCUUACUUCUGAUUCUAAUAUAGAUCAACAUGAAAUAAGCAAUACAAACGAUAUUUUACCGUUGAGUGAUUCAUUAUUAUGGCUUAAAAAUCAUAUAGAACCAUUUAGUGAAGUGCUUUUAAAAUGGCAAGAAAGUUUUAAAGAAAGAUUGGCUUAUCAUACAGAACGAAUUGAUAUGUAUUUUAAUACAUUCAAUGUAUUGAAGACACCAUCUGCUUAUUUAUUGUUUGAAUCAGAUUUUAAACAAAUUCAUAAAGAGGCAGUUGAUAAAUUAAUUCUAAAAUGGCCAUCGGUUGCAAAAAAAAUUAUUAAUAUUAGUAAGAAACGAAAAGAUUAUCAAGUAUCGCAAUACCUCAAGACUAAUAAUAUAUUAUUGGCGAACGAUUCAGAUCUUGGUAAUAUUGAGAUUAUUGCCCUUGAAUUACUUCCAUUACUAUUGGGUACAAUAAACAAGAAAUCUAAAAAAUCAGGAAAACAUUGGAGACCAAAUAUAACUGACAUUAAGCAAUCAUUUCUUUUUCAUGCAGAGACUAUUGAUGAACUACAACCAUAUAUAGAAAGCAAAAUUAGGAUUUACAAGCAGCAUAAAUUGACUCUUCAGCCUUUUGUAGUCAUCAUUGGACUAUUAGAUAACAUCGAAAGUUCGUUUGUAGUAAUAAAUGAUCAGCGAUAUGUUUUACCUACCCCCUUAAAAGCAAUAGACACAUGUUUUAAAAUCAUACACGCAUUGAAUGCAACUUACUCAGUAGAGUGUGAACACGUUUGGGAAUUUCUAGAAAAAUACAUUUAUGAAGUUACAAAAAAAACUUCAUCAUUUACAUGUGUCAAUCGUCUUAUAAGUGAUUUAAAUAGAUAUAAAAAUUAAAUGUUAAAAGACUAUAAAUUAUAAUUUAUCACAUUCAUUUUUACAUAUUCAAAAUGAAUAUGACAUUUGAUGAUUUUUCUAUUAAUUUAGAAACAUUUUUGGGUAAAUUCUGGUUAUCAUUGUAUAACAACUCAAUGAUACCACGAAACUGUGUUCAGUUCAUCGUUGAAGAAUUGACAAAAUUUAUUAGAAAACUUUACGUUCCAUAUAUAAUAAAACAAAUUCAAUAUUAUUUAAUAAAUAAAUGUGAACAAGUUGUCAUUAAUGAUAUUCCACGUAUACUUAAUUCUGCUAUUAGUUGUUUUGAAAUAUUUUCAACUGAGCAUAGAAGAUUAAAAUAUUUUUAUGACAAAGGAUUUCUUGUAUUACCUAUUCAAUAUAAAAUUGGUUCAAGAAUUGUAGAAUCUAAACGCAAUGGAAUUAUUGUUUCAGAACCAAAGGAUGUGUUUGGACAAUAUAUUCCUUUAAAAAAUACAUUAAAAUCGAUUUUUAGUAUACCUGAACUAUACGAUAAAACUAAAAAGUACGUUGAGCAUUUGAAAAAUGAACCAGAAAUUUUAUCUAAUUUUAUACAAGGUGAUCUUUGGCGUUCUAAGACUAAAAAUCAUGGAACUAAAUUCU